UGUUGGGACGCAUGUUGUUUACGAAUUUAUAACCUCAUACUAUUUUUUUUAUCGAUACUUGUAAUUUAAAACAAUUCAAAUUAUUGUGAUACUAUUUAAAAUAUACUUCUGUUAAUUUUUUCUCACGAUGGUGAAGCGCAAUAUGAAGAAUUCGGUUUUGAGUGAAGGAGAAUCAAACAUCAUUAAUGAAAAUGGCAAAAGACCUAAUGAUUUGGAUAAUAAAGAUGGAAUAAAACGCAUAAAAACGAAGAGCUUAUAUCGUCAACCAACAGCUAACGAAUUAAAUAGGCUCCAAGAAACGGAGAAUUUGUUCAAUUCAAACUUAUUUAGACUUCAAAUUGAAGAGAUAUUGCAAGAAGUUAAGGUAAAAGAUAAAACAGUUAACAGAAUUAAAGAAUGGUUCGCAGACUUUAAAACAUACUUAUUAUCUAUACCUGAAGACGAAACUGAAUAUGAUUUGACUGAAAAGUCGUUUGCUAAGAAGAUAAAUGUUAAACUACCAAUCAGUAAAGAGCAUAACAAAACAAAAGUUAUGUUUAAAUUCUAUAAAUUUACCGAUGUUGAAAUUGUUGGUUCAUAUGCAUUAGGAUGUUCAAUUAGUUCAAAAUUAAUAAUUGAUUUACAAAUAACAAUACCAGCCGAGACUUAUACUAAGAAUGACUCAAUAAAUUAUAAGUACCAUAAAAAGCGAUCUGCAUAUCUAGCUUACAUUGCUUCUUAUUUGACACAAACAGACUUAAUAGAUGAAUUGAAAUAUUCCUUUUUUAAUGGAUGUGAAACAAAACCAACUAUUGAUAUAAAACCCAGUGGAAAACUUGGCAACCAUUUAGCUAUGCGUCUUAAUCUGGUGUGCGAUGCUGAAGCAUAUAAAUGUCACAGAUUUAGUCCAUCUCGGAAUAAUUUAAGAGAGUCAUGGUUGUAUUCCACUGAAAAUCAAGAGAAUGUGCCUGAAAUUGGCCCACCAACCCCAUACUAUAACAGCAGUGUAUUAUGUGAUCUUACUGCAUCUUUGAACCAGGAUUUCUUGCGAGAAAUUUUGAUGAAUAGUGAAAAUUUGAAGCAGGCCGUUGUGUUGCUUAAGAUUUGGAGGAAGCAGCGUAAUUUACAAAUAUCUGGUCAUGUGAUUAGCAUGUUAAUUGCAUACCUUGUACAGUCAAAGAGAAUUAACAAUAUAAUGAGCAGUUACCAAAUUGUAAGGAACAUUUGGAUAGCAUUGAAAUCAUCAGAAUGGGAUUCAAAAGGUAUAUCUCUGUGUAAAGAUCAGACAACACCAUCGAUAGAGGAGUUUCACCAACAUUUUCCCGUCGUGUUUGUUGAUAGAACUGGCUAUUACAAUAUAUGUUGGCAGAUGUGCAAGGGCACUUACAAUGCUUUGAAGAGAGAAUCUGCACUUGCUAUAGAAAUAUUGGACAAUGGAAAAAUUAAUGGCUUCAUUCCUUUGUUCAUGACAUCUACCACAGCUUUGUUGCAGUUUGAUAAUAUUCUGAGAUUCAAAACUUUCCCCGAGGUAAAGGAAAAAGUGUUAAAUAAAGUUCCUAAACAAACAAGAAUUAACUAUGGCCUGGAUCAUUUGUCGUUAGUGACAGACACCCUGUAUAACUUAAUAGCUAAGGGUCUCAGUAAUAGAGUUGAUUUGAUACAGGAUAUUGUGGAAGCAGAUUUCUCUUGGCCUGUCAAAAUGGCACUCGAGAAAGCGAAAAAAGAUGGUUAUGAAGAAAAGUUGAUGUUUGGUUUUAUAUUGAAUUCCGAAAAUUUAAUGAACAUCGUCGACAGAGGUCCACCAGCCAACAUGCCUGAAGCAGAAGAGUUCAGGGCAUUCUGGGGCGACAAGUCUGAACUGCGUCGGUUCCAAGACGGGUCCAUCACAGAGGCGUGUGUGUGGCAAGACGGACCCGUACUGCCGCAGAUACUUCAAUAUCUGCUGCAACUGAAGUACGAUAUCCAGCCCGCGCGGCUGCAGCACGUGGGCGACGAGCUGGCGGCGCUGGACGGCGAGGGCGACCCGGAGCGCCGCUCGCGCGCCGUGCUGGCCGCCUUCGACGAGCUGCGCACCCAGCUGCGCGCGCUCAGCCAGCUGCCGCUCGACGUCGCCGCCGUGCACGGCAUAUCCCCGGUGUUCAGCUACUGCGAGCCGUUCCCGGCGAGUGGGGAGGGCGGCGCGCGCGGGCCGGUCCCGCGGCGCGGUGACGUCACGCUGCUGGCGGCCGGUGACGUCACGUCUGUCUCCACGCCCGUCAACAGGGCCGUGCUGGAGUUGACUUACAGCGGAAAAUGGCCGGGAGAUCUCGAAGCCUUCCGCUGCCUUAAAGCGGCCUUUCACUUACAAAUAGCCGAGCGACUGAAGAAGCAGUACUCUCUCCCGACACAAGCCUACGAUUCCCACAUUGACGUGCUCAAAAACGGUCUAGUCUUCCGUCUUCAGAUCGCCCACCCGAAGGAGAUAACUCUCCUACGGAGACAAGUGGAGGGGGGCGUGGUGAAGUUCAAGGAGAGUGCGGAGAGUGUGGAGCUGGAGCGCGAUACCGUGGUGCUGCCCAGGCUGCGCGGGGCGCUGCACGGGUUACAGCUGCGCCAGCCCGGCUUCGGGUCCACGGCGCGCCUGCUGCGGCGCUGGCUGGGCUGCCAGCUGCUGGCGCCGCACUUCCCGCCCGACGUCAGCGCGCUGCUGGCCGCCGCCGCCGCCGAGCGCGCGGGCGGGCUGCGCGCCGGCGGGGCGACCGCCGGCCUGCUGCGCGCGCUGCGCCUGCUCGCCGACACCGACUGGGACCGCGACGCGCUGGUGCUGGACCUCGCCGCCGAUCUCACCAAGGAGGAGGCGGCGGAGCUCGAGCGGCAGAUCCAGGCGCAGGCGCCGCGGCCCAGCAUGUGCGUGGCGACGGCGGCGGGCGGCGCGGGGGGCGCGGGGGGCGCGGGGGGCGCGGUGUCGGCGCCGCCGCCGGCCGCGCUGCGCCGCGCGCGCAGUCUGGCGCGCGCCGCGCUGCAGCACGCGCGCGCGGGCGGGGACGUGCGGGAGGUGUUCGUGCCGUCGCUGCGCGGCUACGACGCGCUCGUCCGGCUGCGCGCGCGCGAGGGGCGCGCGGGGCGCGGGGGGCGCGCGGGGGGAGCGGGCGCGGCGGGGGAGGGGCCGGCGCGCCUCAUCCCGGUCGUGGAGUUCGAUCCCGUGCGGAAGUACUUGGACGAGUUGAAAUCGGUAUACGAUGACUUCGCAGUGUUCUUCUACAACGAGUUCGGAGGAGACGUCAUCGCAGUUCUGUGGAAGCCGGAUAUACAUGAACCUAGAGAAUUUCAGACACUAAACGCGAACUCGUUGAAGCCAGUGGUGAUAAACGGCGAAACGAAGUACAAAGUUAACAUCGAGGCCAUUCUCGAAGACUUCCGGAUCCUCGGCGAAGGUCUCGUGAGCGAAGUAAUCCAACCAACCGAGUGACAUCGCCUACAUUUAAAAAAAAAUUAAUAUGCAAUGAGUCUGGCAAAUGGCUUACCUGAUGGCAAGUGGACAGCACCGUCCAUAGCCAUUGGCACUGUAAGAAAUGUUAACAAUCCUUUACAUCGCCAAUUUCCCUUGUGCCUGUUGAUGUACUGGCCUCAUACUUCAAAUCGGAAGACAGCAAUACAAAGUAUCGCUGACUAGCGGUAGAAUAUAUAGUGAGUGGUUGGUACCUGUCCAGACGGGCUUGUAAAAGCCUUACCACCAACAUUAAGAAAUGUACAGACAGAAAAAUAAUUAUAUUAGAUAUAAAUCAUAUCGCCACAAUUGUAUCAAACAACGCUCGUGUGUCUGGCUCAAAGUUUCCGACAUAUAAGCACGUUUCACUAAACCGAUUGAGCUCAUAGCAUACACUUAGCACAUGCUGAGUACGUAAUAAAUAAUAAGAUACAAUAUACUAGACAAUAAAUAGUGUAAUCUGUUGAACAAUUUCCAGUAAAAAUUGCAAAUUAA